AACACUCAUCUCUCUCCUCAGGUUACUCUGUGCUGGAGGACAUGAAGUUACUGGAUCGCUCGGAGUACACUGUUGUGACGGGGGCUCCCAGAGACAAUUUCAAGGGUUCAGUGAUGCUGGCAGAAAAACAAGAUAUGGUUCUGAACCCACUGAUGGCGAUCCCAGGAGAACAAAUAGGGUCAUACUUUGGCAGCUGCUUGGCGGUAACAGACCUCAACAAUGACGACUGGAACGACCUGAUCGUCGGAGCACCGUUCUACUUUGACCGCUACAAGGAGGAGGGAGGAGCGGUUUACAUCUUCAUGAACGAGAACGGUUCCUUCCAGGAAAGAGCCAACUUGGUUCUGAAGGGGAAAAAAGGUUCAGGGUUUGGAUUUGCUGUCGCUGCAGUGGGGGACGUCAAUCAGGACGGAUUUCAAGAUUUCGCUGUUGGUGCUCCGUUCCAAGACUCUGGGAAAGUCUUUAUAUGGAUGGGAAGUAAAACUGGAAUAAGCAAGGAUCCCAGCCAGGUGAUCGAGGGGAAAUCAGUGGGUCCCAGAGGCUUUCAGACGUUCGGCUACUCUCUCAGUGGAGGAAUGGAUAUGGAUGGAAAUGAUUAUCCUGACAUUUUGGUGGGCUCCAUGGAUGACCGCGUCGCUCUCUUGAGGUCGCGUCCGGUCAUCCACCUCUCCAAAAACUUUACAGUGGAGCCGAAGAUUGUGAUUCCAAGCCAGUGUGUGAAUUCCUGCAUAAAGGUGAAGAUGUGUUUCAGUUACUCUCUCAGCAAUGGAAACAAAGCCUUCAAGAAGGACAUCAUUCUGAAGUUCACUGUAGACGCGGACCAGAAUCGCCGUGGUGCCCGAGUCCGUUUCCUUGACAACAAGCAAAGCACAUAUACAGGCCGUGUCUCUGUCUCUGCUCCCACGUGUCACGAGCUGGAACUUAGUGUUAAUACUCCAGUGAUGGACAAACUUCUGCCCAUAGUGUUCACACUGAACGUGUCCCUGUAUGAGGAGAAAGCGACAGCACAACAAACAUUACAGAACCUGGACGAUUUCCCUGUACUGAGCGGCCAGCAGAUCCAGACCGACAAAGUUGAGAUCAACUUUCACAAGGAGUGUGGUGAUGACAACAGGUGUAUCAGUAACCUGCAGCUGAAGGCCAUAUUUGCUGAUGAGAAUUACAUUCCUUUCCCAAGUCAAACUAUGGAGUUCAACAGUAACAUUAAGAAGCUGGUGAUGAUGGUGGAUGUUACUAACACGCCAGAUGAAGGGAGGCAGGCCGAGGACGCCCAUCAGGCCGUGCUAAACAUCACUAUCCCCCCCACACUCAAAUACUCAGGAGUGCGCACUCAGCCUGGUUUUGAUAUUGAGUGCAGCGCAGACGACACCAUCAUAUGCGAUCUGGGAAACCCAUUUAAAAGCAAACAGAAGACCUCAUUGAAAAUCAUCUUUGAGACCUCUGGUAUAACACUUUACACAGAACAGAUUGAAUCUCAACUUCAGCUCUCCACUAUAAGUGAACAGAAGGACCUGAAUCCUGUUCCUGUCACCCUCAACGUGAAGAACACAGUCCUCACUACCUUUUCCUU